AUGACGAAUCCCUCUUUGGUGUUUCUUCCAAAAAUGUGUAGAGUACGAUGGAUAUCAUCAUUCCGUGGAUUCAAAUUUGAUAAAAUUUCUGAGAGUCAAAGUUUGAGUGCACAGGAGGUAGAAGAACUGGACAGAGUAAGCUUAGUUUCAUUGAAGACGCUAAAAAUACCUGAACAGGUCAGGCAGAAACUUCACAAUCUAGCGAAACAGUUUAUAAAAAAGAAAGAUUUAGAAAAGUUGGGAAGGUAUGUAGCACGAAAAAUAACGAGUAGGAAUUGCGUUGAAUUACCUAGAGUUUUACCAUCAAAAUUGGUGAAAAGGUUAGAAGAGGAGGAGGAGGAGAAGGGAGGAAGAGGAGAAGCAGAAGUUGAAGCAAACGGAGGAGCAGAAAAAGAACAGAUAAAUGAAAAAAAAAGUGGGAAGAGAAGUAGUGGGAAGAACAGAAUAGAAAUGCUUCUUCAAAAAAAGUCCUAUAAAUGCUUAAAGCAAUUCAUGGAAGAGUAUAAAAACAAAUCAAAGGAAAUAGAACAGAUGGCAUUAGCACACGCUGAGGAUUCGAGACAUAGAGGGAAUCCAUCAUCUUCCAGAUUGACAUUUUUUCCUGAAUCAUCAAUUGCAUAUACACUUCACAAUUUUAAUGGACAUUAUGGUAUUUUAUAUAGAUUACUACACGAAAUAAGGAUAAGAAUUCCUAACUUUUCACCAAAAAAUAUGUUAAUUUAUUCUCCAAUUCCGGCAGUUGGUAUUAUUGCAGUGAAUGAAAUUUACAGAAAUGUUUAUAAUAACAUCGUGGCUGUGGAAUCAUCAGAUUCAUUUGAAUCCAUUUCUAAAUAUCUAACUGAAAGAAUUCCAAAUAUAAAAUAUCAAAUCAAUUUAUAUGACAAUAUGGACAAAUAUGAACUUAUAAUCAUUUCACAUUUUUUAUUAACGCUCUAUGAUUAUAACGCAAGAAAUUUAUAUAUGAAAAAUUUAUGGAACAAGUUAUCAACAGGUGGAGUAAUCAUAAUAGUGGAAAAUGGAACACCAACUGGGUUUCGUUUGUUACAUGCGAUUAGGGAAUUAUUCAUUACUGAAUUGAAGUAUGAUAAAUUUCAUAUUGUUGCACCAUGUCCUCAUGAAAGCAUAUGUCCAUUGUCGUUAACAGGGAAAGAUUGGUGUCACUUUUCUCAGAGAAUACACAGAUUAUCUCAUCACAUUUACUGUAAAGGUAGUAGAGCCAAAAAUGUAGAAGAACAAAAGUUCUCUUAUCUCGUUUUACGCAAGUGUGAAGGGCCAAGAACUGCAUACAAAUCAGAAUCACAUGCAUUAACUGUUCAAGAAAAAUCUUUUUUUUGGCCUCGUGUCCUCAUGCCAACAAUUAAAGCAGGAAAGCAUAUUCUCAUUGAUGUCUGUUCAAGACCUCACAACUUUGAACGUCUAGUUGUUACCAAAAGUUCUUCUCUACUUUCCAAUUUGAAAACAAAAAAUGGUACCAUUUUAAAAGGAUAUGGGUAUAAAACUGCCAGGAAAUUACUUUGGGGGGAUUUAUUUCGCUUCACCAGACGAAUUAGUAGACCGGAUGCUAGACUUUACACACCUGAAUGUACUAAGCAGCACCUUUACCGCUUGUACAAUAGACAAAAGAAACGUCACAAUGAGAACCAACUGGUUGAUAAGCAAUCACAGGAUUAUUUCGAGUCCCGUGCAGUGCAAUUCUACGGAUCCUGA